AUGGCCAAGCUAUGGAUUUUCCUGGCUUUGCCGUUAAUUUCCGCUUUUCCCACAGAAUUCCCGCCGGAUCCGGAGCUGGAGUUGGAAUUUCUGGGUAUCGCGAAACGUUGGGAUUAUGAGGCCGAAGAGCACUUUGUGACGACGGCAGAUGGCUAUAUUUUGACUAUUCACAGGAUCCCAAACAAACAGCACCAAAAAGGAAUUCCGAACUGCGCCCGACCUACCGUAUUCCUGCAACAUGGCAUGGAGGGCUCGUCGGCUUCUUGGAUCCUGAAUCUGCCCAGUCAGAGCGCUGGCUUCACCUUUGCCGACGCUGGCUUCGACGUGUGGCUUGGGAACUUCCGAGGCAACGUUAUGGGAACGAUGGCGGCGUUUGCCGAAUUUUCGACGAAUCAUCAGUUGGAGCAGAAGAUCCGCGAAUUCCACGCCCUCGGUCCCGUCGCUUCGGUUGCUCACAUCAAAGGUCUUUUCGCCUGGUUGGCGGAUCGGUAUCAGUUUGUCCAGGAGCUCCUGAAAGACCUUGGCUGGGACCAGUUCCUACCACCGGACUGGUUGACGAGGCUUAUUGCUGAGGACGUUUGCGAGGACGCCGACACCUACAAGGACUGCGACAAUCUGCUGUUCUUGAUUUCUGGGAACAGUAACCAGUUGAAUGAGACCCGAGUCCCCGUCUACCUAAACCACAUGCCCUCUGGUACUUCCACGAACGUCGUCAUCCAAAUGGCGCAAAACGUGAAGGCUCAGAAAUUCCAAAUGUUUGAUUACGACGACGAGAAGGAGAACCAGAAACAUUAUGGACAGCCAACCCCUCCCAAAUACGCUGUCGAGGAUAUGACGCUACCAACCAGGUUGUAUUGGGGUUUCAACGAUACACUAGCGGAUCCACUUGAUAUUCAGUCCUACCUCAUCCCCCGCCUUCAAAGCAUGCGCAGCCAGAAGGGCUAUGAUGGCUUCGCCCACAUCGACUUUGAGUGGGGAUUGAAGGCACAUGACCAGGUGUUCGGCCCGAUCAUUGAAUAUAUCAACGAGGAUUGGAAGAACUGGAAGGGGCAGGAAUUUACUUGC